GGGGAGGCGCCCAGGGCCGGAUGCACGUCGGGGGAGCGGUACUUGAGCUUGGGUGCCCCGGGCCGCCCCCUCUUCCGCCUGGCACCCGCCGUCCCGGGCCGCCCCACGCGCGUCCGCGGAGCCUCCCUCCUCGCCGCCGUCCCGAGUCUCCCCGCGCGAGGCUUUUCCAGGUGCCCCGUCUGGACCGAGCCGGAGUUCCUGGGUCCCCCACCCCCAGCUUCUCCUCCGCGGCAGGGACUCCUCACCUUGCACGGGCCAUCCAUUCCACCUGCCUUCCAGUGUCAGCCCAGGCCUCCUGUCUUCCCCUUCUCAGGCCCUCCUGGUGGGAUCCCAUCGCAUCCCCUGCCUCCACUGUCAUCUGCUUCACGUGGUAUCUCCAGGGGGACCUCUCUGCUGGGCUCCAGGCUGCAUGGCUGUGGGUGGCCAGCAUGAUGUCCCACCAGGACCCCUGCAGUCCCAGUGCACCCACGUGGUCAUCCGGGGACCUGUCCUCCCUCCCUGCUGCCUGCACUGUGUGGAAGGACAGAGGCUAAACGAGGAAGCCUCGAACUCUGGUCUCAUGGAAAUAGCAGCCUGCCCACCACCCACGCCUGCCCAGCCUUUCUUCACGCAGCGCAUAAAAGACUCUUUUAAAAAUACAAGUGUUAUCCUGUCCUGUUGAUGAGUCAAAUGAUCCCUCACAGUCCUGGUCUUGGAAGCCCCUGGGGCCUGCUCGUGGGCAACCUCUGUCAAUGUGGGUGUGGGUGAUGGAGGCUGGGGUGUGUGGCUGGCAGUCUUGACCAGGUGGGUGUGCAUUUGGCCACAGAGCUGAGAUGCAGGGCUGUGGCUCCAGCGCUGGUGACCGGGGUGAGGGUAGAGAGUAACGCAGAAGCCGUGGCACUCUCUGGCCUAAGCCACUUAUUCCAAAGUAGGAAACAAUCUUCUACAUGAGGUCAAGGGGAAGGCUAGGAAGAGGGGUAGUGAGAGAAGAGGAACCGGAAGCAAGAGACCUUGGGAGGCUUUAGCGGGUCCUCUUUAUUCUGGAGGUGAAGGAAGUUAACAGAGGUUCUUUGUCACGGGGUUACUAGAAUCAGGUUUGUGUGUAGGUAGACAAGCCUGAAAUUGAAGCAGGUUUCUUGCAGAGGGGAGUGUGUAGCCACAGCCCUAGGGAGCUCAGCCGCUGCCCCUUCCGCAGGCAUCACAGGGGCUUGGAGAGCUGGGAAUUGCCCGGUGGGAUUGGAUUCCUAAUUCUGUGUCAGUCAUAAGCCCUCAGGCGACUUCCAGACUGAGGAAGCUGCGGUGCAUUCGUGGAUCGGUGGAGGGAACGUGGGAGGACAUGAAGGCUGGGGAGAGAAGGGGGGCCUUUGGAGGCUGAUGUUGAAGACAAGCUUGGCUUUGGCCUUUUGCGUCGAUGCUGGUGAAGAUUUUCAGGGCCUCCCUCCCUGCACCCACUUGUACGUGUUGAAGAUCCAGUCCUAGAGCAAAUGCAUGGGGAAAAUAAAAUACACAGUCCCUGUCUUCAGGGGACUUGAGGCCUCAUCAGGAUAGGAGGUCGGCACACGUGAAAUAAAUAGGAACAUGCGAACGUGUGCCUGGGUGCUAAGUCCGCGGUGCUGGGUUUCUUGAUGUCUGUUACCUGGAAGAUGUAGAGGAACAGAAGAAGCCUUUCUUAGACGUAAAAUGCAUUUGUAAGGUGGCAUCUCCUCUUGGCUUACUUCAAGAUGCAUUAAAAAAAUGGACAUCAUCCUUAUAAAUCCCCUAAUCCGCAAAUGAGUAGUAAUGGUGUAUAGCACUGGGGAAAUGUUAUUCCUGGUGUGUAGUGGGGAAAAAAAUAACUUUAUCUCUAGAUGGUAGUUAUUUUAGAAUUUUCUAAAAAAGUGUCCUGGUUUCACGUUGCCCUUUU